AUGGCUUGCGCCUACUCCUCGCUUCGUCCAGACCUCUAUAUAUCUAAUCCACGAGGACAAUGCUCCUUCAGCGCGGCGCCGAUAGAAGAUGCCAAUGCCUCGCUAGCUCGGCAGAACUCGAGGUUACAGGAGCGGGUGGCUGAGCUCGAGCUCGCUCUAACGUUGAGCUUGCGGGGCCGAGCCGGAGCGCAACGAUUCAGCGUCGGUAACGGCUCGCCCAGCAAUGACAGGCCAAUGCCGACUGCUGGGCAUCAGGCUACUGCCUUUGAGGAGGUUGGAGCCAUCCUAGAUGAGUGGAAUCUCGGCCGGCUGAAGCAGGAGAAAUUGGGAAAGCCAACUUCGGAAAAUGACUUGCACUUCCUUGUCGAGACCCUUAAAUCCGUCCCAGAUAGCUCGACGAGCACCCGAAUCGUCGAGUUCUCCUUGCAGAUGUUGGGAUGGAUCCACUGUGCACUCCGUGCGGACCAAUUUCUCAUCGAGCACGAAGCUUUCCAUAAUGCGCUGAUAGCCGGCACGCUUGAGGUUCUUCAGGAUCACAAGUGGAUGGCUAUUUACUUCAGUGUCCUGGCAGUAGGGAUAUUCUUCAUGGCCGAUGAGGAUACAUCAUCGCUGAAGUUGCCUGUGGUCGAGCCAAGCCCGUAUCCUUUCUCAGUAUCAUAUCACUGGUAUUGUGCGGCUUUCCUGCAGCUCGAAUAUUCCGACGCCAUGGGAAAACCGCAGCUGCAUGUAGUGCAGGUCGCUGCCAUUCUGACGCUUUGCCAUUCCCACUUUGGACAAAGAUACCGGGACAUCAACCUGUCAAGUCUUGCUCAAAAUGCUGCCCGUGCGCUGCAGAUGCAUCGCCUCGGUUCCGAGUCCUCAUAUCCUAUAGACUUGGGGCGUAUCCCAGAAUGGGCGAAUGAAACCGGUCGGGAGCUUGGGCGUCGGCUGUGGUGGACUCUGGUCAUAUGCGACUGGUUAGCAGGUCCUCGGUUCCCCGCCUCUAUUUCGGCAGAUUCAUUUGACUGUAUUCUUUCCGUAGGACGCUUUGACUACAACGUCAUCCUCGGAGGAACUCCACUCUCUGACGGGGUCGUGGUAUUCUCUCCUCUUCUUCACCAAAUAGAGCUGGCAAAGCUUUCACAGGUGCUCCAUGAGUAUAUUCAAACUUCAAAUGAGUCUCCUACAGCACUAUGUGAAUUCUUUAGCAAGCUAGAUGAGCUAGAAGAGGGCUUCGUGUCCAAGGUUGAUCAUCUGUCGGCGAGUUUCAGCGAAGGUAUGAACCUAGGUCAGCAAAUGCCGGUGUGGCUUGCGGGGCAGCGGUCUCAUUACUUGUGCACGAUCAAUUUCAUUCGAUUGAUACUGUGCCGGGUUUUGCUGCAGCAAAGUGUUGCCCAGCUCCCCGCUUGGUCCGAGAUCCGUUCGAGUGGCAUGCGGGCGGCCAUGGCGAUUGUCUAUAUGCAGAAUGUACCGCCGACAUACCAGCUGCUGUGGCCUGUUGACCAAGAGGGUUUGACACGGUUGAUCAAGAACAUGGCCCGUCUGUCUGAGCAAGAACUGCAAGAGCCUACGGUCAAUGGUCCUGGCCACUCUUCAUGGCCGCCUUUAACGGCGGAACAAACGGGCGGCGUCAUGGGUGCUGAGGUGCCUUCCCUGCGCACGCUUGCAUCCUCUCCUGUGCCAGGAAUGAUCAGCGAAUAUGAUCAACCAGACCCGUAUUGGCUCAUGGACAGCAUCAUCUUCCCGGAUUAUUAG